GGGGGGGGGGGGGGGGGGGGUUGGCACGUUGCACAUCUCUCUCUCUCGCUGGCACGUUGCACAUCUCUCUCUCGCUCUCCCUUAAGAAUCACACCCUAUAAUUCAAAAUCCACAUAGAUCUACCUGUAUUCCACUCACUAAUCACGAUCCUGAGCUUGAUUUCCGUUGGUUUGAACUUGGGAAAGAGUUCUUGGUGGAUUUCUAGCUUUUGGGGUUAAGGCUUGACCAAUCGCUUGGGUGUUCGACUUCAAACUUGAGGAAAAAGAUUCAAAAUGAUACAAAACCCUGAAAAUCCUCCUGAAAACCCUGAAAACCCUCCUGAAAACCCUGAAAACCCUCCUGAAAACCCUGAAAACCUUCCUGAAAAUCCUGAAAAACCUAGAACAUAUAAAAGAUUCAAAAUGAUAGCCCGGAAGAAGACUACAAAGAAACCACAACAUCAAGAAGAAAAAAGCAUAAAAACAAGGAGUCAAACAACAAAGAAAAGGAAAGAGGAAGAGACAGAACCACAACUUGAAGAGGAAGAGAGAGAAGAUAAACCCAAGAGCAAAACAAAAAGACAAAAAAGACAAGAAAAAAAGGAGGAACCAGACAUAGAAGAGGUGAAGGAAGAGGAGGUUAAACCAAAACGUUUGCAAUACAGGUCGAAUCUUUACAGCAUUGUAAGCCUUCUACAUGAUGUAAAGUUCAAUGAAGUACAAUCCGAACAGAUUCAGAAAUCACCUUUUGCGAACAUGUUGUUUGCAAUUACUCAAGGCAGUAUUGAUGAGCAAAUGGUGAAGAAAUCUGAUCCUGUCCUUAUCAAGUUGAUAGAGACAUAUAAGAGAGGUCAAGCAAAGUUUUCCCUAGCAAGAAAAGAUAUUCCUCUGACUGAUCAUGACAUUGGUGUCAUUUUUGGAAUAACAUCUGGACCGGUGAAGAUCCACAUCGCAACCCACGGGCGAAGGCCAGACACAGAAUUUGCCAAUCGAGUCUUUGCUGGGGCAAGCACCAUGCACCUUUCAACAAUGAGGGUGACAAUUGAAAAUAUUUUGAAACCUCCCGUCAAGAAGAAGCAGAAGAAGAAGCAAAAGCAAGUAUCAGAGAUAGAAGCUGCAAAAGAUUUGGCACGUCUUCUGACAUUGUACACCAUUGGAACACUGUUUUUCCCAACAACAGGUCCAAACCUGAAUUGGUCCUACCUGAAGCUUGUUGAGGAUUUGGAAAAUAGUGCAAAUUACAAUUGGUCAAUGUUCAUCACCAAUAAUCUUGUUAACGAACUCAACUCCAAGAAUCCGGCGAUUGUUGGUGGUUGCACCACUGCACUCCUGUAUUGGCUCUGUGAACAUACCCACAUUAUGGAACCAGCUCAACAAACUUUUCCAAGAUUUAUGAAAUGGAAAAUGAAUGAGCUUGCUGCUAAACUGUUGGAGGCACCACUGAGCAGCCUUCCAGAGGGAAUGGUCAAACAGGAAGAAUUGGAGCUAACUGAACGGGAGAGAGGGUUGUUUGCAGCUCUAGUCUUGCACGAACAAAAAGGUACACACAAAGAACCCGAAGCCAAAGAGAAAAACCUUACGGACCAAGAGCCUUUAACCCAAGAAGAAAACCCUCAAGAAGAGAACCAGGAUGUUAAGAAUUUGAUUUUAGAGCUUGAACAACGAAUUAAGGUGCUUGAAGAAGAGAACAAUGUCAUGAAAGUUGAAAUUGAAGAUAGGGACAAGAAGAUCCAAGAAAGGGAUCUGUUGAUUGUUGAGUUACGCCAGAAUGUAGAAUCCCUUCAACAUGAGCUUUCAGGUUAUAGAAAACAAAAUGCAGAUUAUACAGAUAUUGAAAAAGAAACUUGUAGUCUGCAUGUUGAGGUGGAGAUGUUGAAGGAAGACAUAAUCGAAAAUGAGGUUGAAAUAGGCGGGUUGUAUGUUGAGAAGGACAUAGCGGAAGAAAAAAUUGAAGAGGUGACAGAAGAGUUGCAUGACAUUGCAGCACAUUGUGUUUCCCAACAUUACAAAGAUCAGAAGAUAAUUGAAGAGUUGCAGAAACAAAAAAACAGCUUGUCUGAACAAAAACAAAGCGAGAAUGUGCACCAUCAUGAAUCUCCAAUUCAUGAUGAAGAAGUGACUGAGGAAGAAAUAGACCAAAUGAUCAAGUCCACAAUCUCAAGCAUUCAAGCAGAACCACAACAAACAACGAAGAAGAGAUUGAGGAAAGGUCAUACUGUGGACCCAUCGUCGUUGACAAAGAGAGUGAGUAAGAGGGAAGAUAGGAAAGGGAAGAACAUGGAGGAUUUUCAAGUCUAUGGGAAGAAGAAAAGCACAGAGAAACAAGCAGAGAAAGCAUCUCCAGAACUACCAUAUAUGGGUGUUGAAACAACAAAGCUGGCACAUCUUGUCCCAGAAAAUGACAAGAUCUUCUUAAAUCACAUAUUUGAGUGUGAGAAAGACAUCAGAAUCCCUAUCUGGGAUAACAACCUCUUUGAUGGUACAGUAAGCUUGCAAGAAGUCAUAGAAAUCUUGAAUGAAAAAGAUGUACAAAACACGAGCCUACUGAAGGACCAGAAAAAUGAGGUCAGAAAGAUGUUCCUUGAUGACAAGCUGCUAGAACUCAUUCAAAAACAGCAUGCCUAUCGCUACUUGGUUUUCCCCAUGAAUUCCUCAGGAGGUAAUAAAGAGAACGACAACGAUCCAUACCAUUGGACUGUCCUGGUUUAUGACAUUGAGGAUGGGCAAUGGAGGCAUUACAACUCCAUCAGACCAACUGGAAGAAAGGCAGAUGCAUACCUUAAAGAUGCUCGUUUAAUGAAAAGGUAUGUUGAAGGAUUCGUGAAGAAAAAUCAUACCCCAACAUUCAUCCUCUCAUCACAAAACGAAACAAUCUUUGAAAAGCAAAAGUUUGAUGCUCCAAUAAUCUCACCUGCAUCUCCGCAACAAAGACCUGGAACUGUUGACUGUGGAAUUAUAGUUUGCUACAUCAUUGACAAGCUUGCACACGGAGAAAGCAUCCCUGAGUCAUUGACAACUGAUGAAAUCAGAGAAUACAGAGUGUUAUUGUUGAUGAGGUUCCUGUAUGAUGAACCAAGAACAUGGACAGAAGCUCUUUGGAAAGACCGAAACUUGAAGACUGACUAG